UCCUGCCAGACGUAGAACUACCGUGACAUUUACGAAUUCCGAGUGUGUUAUUGUACCCGCUGAAAGCCAGCAAACACGGAUCACAUCUGUAUCCCCCAAACUCAAAUUACGAACGGAUAUUCCCAUCUGAAAAUCGAAUUCAGGACUGUAUUCCCAGCGUCCUUACUGCCAUGGCUACGUAAUUAUCCCCCUGGUGGCCAGGAAACGAAGUAAACAGAAGUUGUCAACCUCUUCCAGUAUCUGAUCCUUUGUCAAACGCCUCCCAGAUGUCCGGAGAAGAGGUUACAGGCUCCGGACUGGAGACUGACAACGGCAUUGCAGCGGCCGCCGGAGAACCCCACUACUCCCCGCAGGACGAAGGAGGAGCAGCCGAAGACCCUGCAGCGAUGGGCCGAUGUGGAGGGAUGUCCGGGUGCAGAGUGGCGGCGGUGGUGGUGGCGGUCCUCGUGGCGUGUCUGGGCGUGGCGAUGCUGGGGGGGUACAACGCCAUCUUCAACGCCGCGCUCAAGUCGCAACUAGAAAUCAAGGAAGGUUCCAGAUCGUACGAAAUCUGGAGAAAGACGCCAUUCCCUCUCAUCCUGAAGGUGUAUCUCUUCAACAUCACAAACGCCGAGGCUUUUGAGAAGGGAGCCAAGCCCGAUGUUCAGGAAUGCGGACCUUAUGUGUGGAGGCAUCACCGUGAAAAGAAGAACAUCACCUUCAACCCCAACAACACAGUCACCUAUUUCCAGCAGAGGUAUUGGGUUUGGGAUGAGGAACUAUCUGGCAAUAAUUCACGAGACGAUGUCAUUGUCACUCUCAACACCGUCCCAGUGGCAGCAGCAUGGGCUGUGCACACCAGUGAAUUUCUCCUUGGUAUGUUGAAUGGCAUGUUUAAUAGUGUCAAGGAAAAAGCUGUAGUCACCACCACGGCUGAACAGAUCCUUUUUACGGGUUAUGAGGAUCCCGUGCUGGAUUGGCUGAAAGAACACCCGUCAUUUGCAAGUGGUAUCAGCUACGAUAAAUUUGCUUGGUUUUAUGGUCGUAAUUUGACAACAUACUACGAUGGAUUAUUCAACAUGAAAACUGGAGUAGACACACUUGAAAACUUAGGCAAGAUUGACUGGUGGAACAAGACACGAUCGACGCCAUUCUUCUCUCCUCCUUGCAACAAUGUCACUGGCUCAGCUGGUGAGAUGUUCCCACCUAACCAGAAACCAAACCAUGUUGUUAUCUACAGUUCUGACCUUUGCAUGAGUGUGAAGCUACAUUACAAAGAGAAUGUAACCAAUGAUGGAAUAAAAGGCUACAGGUUCUGGGGUAGUAAUACCACCUUUGCAAAUGGCUCUGUCGUUCCUGGCAAUGAGUGCUACUGUGUCAAGGGUACUUGCGCUCCAACAGGGUUGUUAAAUGCUGAGUCUUGUAGGAUGGGUGCUCCUGCGUUCAUCUCAUUCCCGCACUUCUUUAAUGCUGAUCCAUACCUCCUAAACAUGGUCAAUGGUCUAAAGCCAGAGGAAGAGAAACAUGCUUUCUACAUGGAUCUUAUUCCGGAACUGGGAACCCCAAUGAAUGUGGCAGCAAGAGUGCAGAUCAACAUCCGCAUCCAGCCAUACCAAGGAACAGGAAAGUUCCAUUUCAACCGCAUUGACAUCCUGAAGGACCUGCCAAAUGCUUACUUGCCCAUGCUUUGGUUCGAGGAGAAGGCCGCAAUGCCCCCAGAUAUGGCUCCUUCAGUCAAAUUUCUGCUCUUCCUCAUGAACACUCCAACACUAACCAUUGUAUGGUCUCUGUUAGUGGCUAUUGGGGUCAUAGUAGUAGUUGGCCUUCUGCUGGACCACUGGCGACGACAUCGGUCGUAUGAUCCACUCCUUGAUCCUUUAAUGUAGUGGAGAAUGGGGAUCCUUAUAAAUGACUUGAUGUAAAAGCAGAAAGUCUCUUUUAUAUGAAGGAAUUUUGCCUAUUGAAGCUGUGACAAUUUUCAAACCAGUAUUAUUUUAUAAAUAAACAGUACUAGUUUUUGUAAAGGUCUGUCUUUGGAUUGAGAAACUUUGUAAAGAAAAUAUAGAAUUGUAUUUUUAAUUAGAUAUUAUGCAUAUUACAAGAGCUAGUAAAAACCUAGUUGUUUAAAGGGAAAGAUAGGAAACCAUUGCAAUGUUUGGUCACAAAUCUAAAUUGUUACAUGCAAAUAGGAUGAAAGGGGCUUUUCUCUCAAGUGUUUUGUACAUCAUACGUAACCAAUGAGUGUUUAGCACAUGUGAUAUUUGUUAUGUAAGUGGUAUGACUUAACUACAUUAGUGGCAUAUUGAGUCAAAUGAGUGUGAAAGCAGGUUCUUUGUUAUUUGUGUAAUAUAAAGUUAAUUCAACAAUCUUACACUUAAACAUAUAUAAAGAAUGGUUGUUAGUGUUUUGGUACUUCAAAGAUAUCCAAGUACAUGUCUGAAUGUCAGUCUAGUCAAGACUAUACAAGUGUCUCCAAAUCACCAUGAUUUAUACACAUUUUUAUACUAAAGGUUAAUGCAUUUAUUCAUAAAAGUAUAAUAUAUGUUCUAUUUGUUUUAUUUACAUGUUCAAACAGUAGAAAAUGUAUAUACUUAAUGGGUCCUUAGUGUUGCAUUGGCAGAUCUAGGUGAUACUAAUUUAAGAAAAUAUUGAUUGUGAUAUUACUGUUUCUACUUAUUUUUUAAAAAUUAUCUAAACCCACAUCUUCAAGACCCCAUCAUAACUUUUUAAUGAAAAUUCGACACUAAGACCGGAGCUUGUAAAUCCAUUUUAUAACUUGCCAUUGGAAUAUACUAUGUUGUGCCAAGCCUUUUGUUUAUUGGCUUUGAUGUAUAACACAUUAUUUAUUUGUUUAAAACCUUAAUCAUUUGUCUAUUGGUCAUAUAAAUUAGAUGACUGCAAAUAGUUUUAAAUAAUCAAAUGAUAGAACUUGACUUCUGAUGGGGUGGUUGUUUCAUAUGGGAAUAGUUUGCAUGUUGUUAGUCUGAUUUUAAGAAGUGAAUGGUAGAAAAAAAAUGUUAAUUUCUUGAAGUUUAAUUUUUGGGAGGUGGACUGAGGUAAUUGAAGUAUAUGACGAAUAAAGAUAUCCCAUUGAAGGGUAUAUUAUGUUGGAAUAUAUUUAAUAUGCUAGGAAGUGUUGGAGGGAACAGUGACACAUGCAAAUGGAAGUAUACAUAAAUGCUUUUGAUAUAAAGAUGAUCCAAAAUGAACUAUAUUUGCUAAUAUAGAAAUGGUACAAAGUUUAUACAGAAUAAAUGCUUCAAGUUAGUUUUAAUCAGUGGCGUGUAGAAGUCUGGUUUUAUGGUUGUAUGCCCCAAAAUUUGAGUACAAGGCCUAGUACUGAGAAAUAUGAGAAAAGGAGAGAUUUUGAAUAUGUAAGUACAUAUGAAGCAAGAAAUAAACGCUUAAUUUGAUUUAAAAAUAAAUUUUAAAAUCACAAUCUUAUAACCCCCUCUAAUUGGAUGCCCUGGACCACAACCCAUUCCCCCCCACCCCCCUCCCUUCUGCACACCAAUGGUUUCGAUGCUUCAGUUUUCAUUUGUAUCAUUUAAGACUUAAAUCUUCCAGGUGUAAUAGGUAAUGUAGAGUUUGUUGAUAAAUAAGGAUGAAAAAAAUCAAGUAUGCGUAAUAUUCUCUGAAUAUGGGAUGUGAAUUGGUGCCUCGGGUAUGAUUUUUCAGACUUAAUAGCCAGUUUAAUGUAAAAAUAGUGAAACAAAUUAUAUUGUUGCGAAGAAGGUAAUGUGACUUUCGCAUCUGUCUCCUGUUCAGUGCCUUCAGUGCCUUAGUGUGUUUCUAAGAAGCUAUAACAACGUUUUGUCUUUACAGUCUUUAUAUCAUAAUAAACAUUAUACAAUCUCUUGCUUAAUUUUUUGACUGUUGAUCUUGACCAUGUUGUGAAAAGUCCUUUAACAGCGAGAGGAAGAAAAAAACAGUAUCAUGUGGUUGAUUAUUCUUGGUUAAUUCUGGUUCUCGCAUAAACUUCGACCAUACAGGAAGGGACAGACCUGAAAAUAGCCUUAACAACAUUUCGAAAGCGGAUUUAUUUGCAACAUAGGACCACCAGCUGUGACAUCACCUUUCUGCCAUUUUGAAUUAUUGUAAUAAACACCUUCGACCAUA